ACAUGCUACAUCUGUAGCAUAAUCACUGUUAAUUUAGCGGAUACUGCGAUCGUUAGUGCAUAAUGUAAACUACGUUAUUGUUGUAUAGUUAAAAGUAUUCAGUACGACAUUUUCACCAGACAUCGUUUACACCAUGGCAGAGCAUUUCCACCUCAACACACCUCUUCUAGAAUGUCUAAGCAUGUCCAAGCUGGUUGGGACCACUGUCUAUUUGAAGAUGGAGAAUUCACAGCCGUCCGGGUCCUUCAAGAUACGCGGGAUUGGGCAUCUCUGCCAGCAGCUUGCCAGACAGUCCAAAGGAGUUGUCUGCGCUUCAGGUGGUAAUGCAGGUAAGGCUGCGGCCUAUGCAGCCAGAAAAAUGGGAGUGCCAGCCACUAUUGUAGUUCCUUCCUCUAGUCCACAGCUGGUGGUUCAGGGACUCCAAGAUCAGGGUGCAAAGGUCAAGAUUACCGGGAAGGUAUGGGAUGAUGCCAAUGCAGAAGCGCUCAGACUGGCAGAAAGUGAAGGCCUCAUCUUUGUACCUCCUUUUGAUCAUCCCUUGCUUUGGCAAGGCCAUGCCAGUAUGGUAGCAGAGGUUGCAGCUGCUCUGGGUCCUGGUGUGAAGCCUGGAGCUGUGCUUCUGUCUGUGGGUGGAGGAGGCCUCCUUUGUGGGGUCAUCCAGGGCCUGAAAGAUGUAGGCUGGAUGGAUGUACCUAUAAUCGCCAUGGAGACUGUGGGGGCAAACUGUUUAAACGCUGCGAUUAAGGCUGGGAAAGUGGUCACUUUGGACGACAUCACCAGCGAGGCAAAAUGUCUCGGAGCGAAGACAGUUUGCAAACAAGCCUUUGAAUACAGCCAGUCCAGCGACUUGACAAUCAUCUCUGAGCUGGUGACCGACCAACAGGCUCUGCAUGCUGUCCAGACUUUCCUGGAUGAGGAGCGUGUGUUGGUGGAGAUGGCGUGUGGAGCAUCAUUAGCAGCCGUCUACAGUGGACUUAUACGCAGAUUACAGGAAGAAGGCCGCCUGCCGACUCUCUUGGGCCCCCUGCUGGUGAUUGUGUGCGGUGGCAGCAGCAUCAACAUGGAGCAACUGACCAGCCUGAAACACAAACUCCAGUCCUAACUCCCCCAGUCCUAGUGUGUGUGUGCAGAUAUGUAACUGAUGCACAUCCACUGAGAAAAAAGUAAGAGAAUGAAGGAAUGAAUCCCUUGGAUUCAAUUGUAUUGUCUGAUAUAAAAAAUCAUAUUCUGAUUAAUGUGACAUUUUAACUAUUAGUUGUCUUAUAAUGUGUGUAAUUUAAAUU